AAAAAAAAAUAAACAUAAACUAGAGAUUUAAUUUUGAGUGAGCCCCCCCAUAUGUAUUAGUGUACACAAGUAUCUGUGUGUGUGUGUGUGUGUGUGUAUCUUUGUGCAUGUGUAUUCUGUGACCGAGAAACUUAGUUCUGAGACAGCCUCCUCCGGCAAUUUUCUUUUCUUUAUUCGUUUUCCACUGUCUGUCGUCUGGCUGUCUGGCUGUCCGUUCAUUGAAACGAACUUCAAAACUAUCAGCCCAGCCGCCAGUGAGUGUGCGUGCGCCUUAGUAUAUGUAUUAGUGAGUGGCUUAGUGUCUUAGUGUGUCGCCAUGGGUAAAAUGGUGAACGAAGAAAUGGCCACAGAGCCGGUGUAUUUGGAGAAAGUGGAACUCUCAAAGUUCGGCGAAUUCUGCCAGAGACGUGGAAUCAAUCCGAAUCUGAUUAUGCUCAAGAUCACACUCUUUGUGAUGUAUGGCGCCACCUCCUCGUUGCUGCCGUACCUGACAAUACACAUGCAAUCGAUUGGACUGACGGUGGAGGAGAUUGCAAUUAUCUACCUGGCGCUGCCCUUCACCACCUUUCUUAGCCCGCCCAUUACAGGUUUUCUCGUUGACAAAUUUGGCAAAUACAAGCCCGUUGUGGUGAUGAGUCUGCUGCUGAAUGCUAUUUUCCAUCACUCGCUGCUGUUCAUUCCACAGCAGGAGAUACCUGGCGUUGUGCCAUCGGCAUUCGUCUUAAGGCAUCCAGAUAGCGGUGACAUUGAGGUAUGGUGGUCUCCCUGUCCAAGCAGAGAAUGUCCGGAGGAGCCUGAGCUGGAAUUGGCCGUGCAUCAAUGCGUUGACUAUUGUUUGAUGCAGGAGCAAGUUAAUCCCCAGCUUUAUACGAGUACGCCGGCGUAUAAUGUUUAUCCAACAACAAAAACAACAAAAGCAGCAGCUAGGACAUCAACCUCCACAGAGAGGAUUACAACAACAACAAAUGCCAUGAGCACGACCAGCACGGGGUAUGCCACAAUGGAGUCAGAGACAGAGUCGGUCGCAACAUCAUCGUCCACAAGCACAUCAACAACUACCACCACUACAUCGCCGGCAUCAUCAUUACCAGCAUUAUUCGCAACGCAAACGAGAAGCAGAUACCAAGAAGUACUUAAUAUGUCAUCGACCAUGUUCCCGCCACUGGAGAAUGCAUCAGCCAUGUCGUUGGUGGUGCAGCCAGGACCAGAAAAGGACCAGGAGGAGCAGCAGCCAUCGUCAGCUGAAUUGUCAGCCAUGUCCAUGCAGGGAUUGAAUUCUUCCACAGACAGUAGCAGCCAGCAGAAGGAGGAGGUUAAGAGCAGUAGCUGGGUCCACUCGGACAACGAGGAUACCACCUAUUUUAUGCUGCAGAUGCAUCCCGACCUGGCAGAGCCCACCGAGCAGCUGGGCAUGGAAAUCGAGCAGGAUGCCAAUGAAACGGUCACCGACAUCCUCCAGCGUUUCGGCAAGGAGCGCCUGGUCGUGGGCAACAUCAAUCUCACGGAUAUGGACGAUCUGGAUCUGCGUUGCGGCGGUCUCGUCCGACGUUCGAACAUCUCCGAAAUGGGACCCGAGGCCGUGCAGUGUAUGAUGCAGCGAUGCACCUUCACCAUGAAUGCGCCAGAGAUCUGUCCGCCGGACUACAAGGAGACGGAUGAAACCAUCUUUUGGAUUUAUUUCCUAUUGAGAUUUUUGGCCACUACAAUGCUGUCAGCGGGCGUGACCAUAAUGGAUCCCAUAGCCCUGACAAUGAUUGAGAAGUUUGGUGGAGAUUUUGGACGCGAGCGUUUGUUCUCCAGCAUUGGCAUGGCCAUAUUUUCGCCGAUAACGGGCAUUAUGAUUGAUUAUUCGUCGCGGGGCCUGGGAUAUACCGACUAUUCAGCGGCGUUCUAUACGUACGAUGUGCUCCUGGUGAUAUCGACCAUGUCGGUGCUGAUGAUGCCGCUGGGCGAGAAACUGCCGGCCGAUAAUGUGUUUAGGGAUUUGUGGAAUCUAUUAAAGAUGCCCCACGUAAUUGCCUUUAUUACAUUCCUGUUUGUUCUCGGCAACUUUUGGGGCUUCAUCGAGAGCUUCCUCUUCCUGUAUCUGAAGGAAUUGGGGGCACCCAACUAUCUGCUUGGCAUCACCAUUACGGUGGGCACAGUGAGCAGUAUCCCCUUCCUGUAUGGGGCGGAGAAAAUCACACGCAUCUUUGGCCACGUUAAUUUGAUUAUCAUUGCUUUCUUCUCGCAUGCCGCCCGCCUGGUUGGCUAUUCGUUUAUCGAGAAUGCCUGGUGGUGCUUCCCCUUCGAGGCCCUGGAGUCAUUAUCCUGCCAUCUGAUGUGGGUGGCAGCUGCCACAUACUGCUCCAUUCUGGCCCCAAAAAGUUUGCUGGCCACUCUCAUCGGUGUCCUUGGCAUGGCCCAUUUCAGUCUGGGUCGAGGCAGUGGCAGCUUCACUGGAGGCCUGCUCAUUGGGCAGUUCGGCACUCGAGAUGCCUUUCGGUAUAUGGGCCUGCUGGCCGUUGUCGGCGGCAUUGCCUAUGGCCUGCUCCAUCUGAUUUGGCUGCGUAAAUUCGAUCACACUACCGAUGAUUCGGAGGAGGAGGCCGAGGCCGUGGAGGCUGGCGAGACGGAGAAACUGACAGAGCCGGCUACCAAGGAGCAGGGCACUUCCAUGUCCCUGGAACGUUUGAGUCUAAUGAUUAAGUACAAUCAGAUUGGCAGUUUGUCAUCGUUGCCCAGGGGAUCGAGGGCUGAUAUCCAUGACCAUUUGUCAGUGCGUCGCAGCAGCUACAAUGUGGAGUCCUUGAGAGGCGUGCCCCGGCAUGGCGUCAUCGGCAGCAGUGCCUCCAAGGUGGAUAUUCUGCGUUCGGCACUCGAAAUCAAUCACAAGUCCUCGAACAACUCGAUGCUGAGCAAGGCCGAUAACAAGACGUCGAAUCAAUCACUGGGCCGCAACCGCGCCGACAGUGCCCCGAAAUUGAAUCACAGUAAUCUGAAGAACAUUUCCCAGCCCGCCCUGGAGGGUGUUGUGCUCGAGGGCGUGGAAUCAACAUUUUUCCCCAGCCGCAUGAAAAAGUAUCCAAGUGGUUUGUUAACUUCAAUACCCGCUGUGGAUUUAUCCGUAAUACCCAGCUCCAUGUUAAUGGACCAAGAGGGCCGCAAGGUCAUUCCCGAGGAGACGGAGCUGCAUACUUCCAAGACCACGGUGAGUCUGGGGGAGGCGGAAAAGGUGGAGCCACCACAGCAAUCCAAUGGCAAUGGCAGUGGCAAGAUCCCACAGGCAACGCAGCAGCAGCAACAGGAGCAGCAGGAGGAUGACAAAACCGAUGCCACUUGAUGGUGCAAGCAAAUCUCUAACCAGCCCAACGUGGCGUAUGAGUGAUAUUAAUAAACCAAAAGCGAAAGAAAAAACUAAAGCGAAAUCCAAUUUUAAAAUUAAAAUAAAACCAAAACUAUUGUCUAGUUUUACUCGUGUGUGUUAAUGUUAUAUAAAUGUAUAUGUCUAUAUGAAAUAAAAAAUGUUGUUAGC